CGGCGCUCGCGAAUUUUACUCCAAACAUUUAAGUUUAAUAAUGUAAGGAGAAAGUUUGCAAUUAAUUUAACAAGUGAAUGUCUGGAGUAAAUAGCCGGUGCGCUGUUACAAAGACGAGAUGGCGCCCAAGGCUGAUUAUAGCGAACUUAAAAAGUCAAUCGACACUCUGAUCGAGGAAGUUGCUACGAUCAAGGAGCAGCAGAAAACCAUCAUGUCCCUUGUUGUGCAGCUGGAUCAGAUGAGGGCUGACAAUUUGGAGAAAGACAAGAAAAUCGCAAUUCUGGAGAACAGAGUUGCUGAUAUUGAGCAGUACACAAGGAUCAAUGAUGUGAUCAUCACCGGACUUAGCAUCAAACCCCGGUCUUACGCACGAGCAGUAGCCCCAGCGAAUGGAGGGGAGCCGGCGGAGUUGGAUGUUAUUUCGAUGGAGCGACAGGUGGCGGUCUUCAUGCAGUCCAAGGACAUACAACUGGACUGUAACAGCAUCGAAGCAUGUCACCUCUUGCCCAGGAGAGGAACAAACGACAAGCCGAGCGUAGUUCUGAGAUUUGUCAAUAGAAAGCACAAGAUCGCGUUGCUAAAACAGGGAAGGAAGCUAAAAGGAACAAACGUAUACAUGAACGACCAUUUGACCAAACGAAAUGCUGAUAUAGCCCGAAAAGCACGCCAAAUGAGGAGAGAGAAGAAAAUUCUACAAACUUGGACUGCGAACUGUAAAGUAUUCAUCAAACUCAACGGCACUCCGGAGAACGCCAAAGUGCUGCUGAUUAGAAACAUCGAAGAUCUGAACGAAUAUGACGUAUGAACUGGAAUGUAAGUUCCUGCUGCAUCUUGGGAGAAUGAUCUGCGCAGUAAAAUGCGACCUAAGCGUGACAUCAGAGGGAAGACCCAGGACACGGUGGAUAGACUAUGUCUCCCAGCUGGCCUGCAUUGAAAUGCCUCGGGACCUCCUGUGAAGAGCUGGACGAAGUAGCAGGGGAGAGGGAAGUCUGGGCUACUCUGCUUAGGCUGCUGCCCCAUGCGACCCAACUUUGGAUAGGCCGAAGAAGAUGGAUGGAUGGAUGGCAUUUUCAUAUUUUUUUUCCCUAACACUGCAUAAGCUACAAGCUGUCAUUUUAAUUAUAAACACGCCUCCUUUUUUUUUUUUUACACAGGAAAUGAACUUUGGGGUGCCAUGGCUCAGUUGUCCAGAACCCUGAUGGUUCCUGGUACGAAUCCAACUUUUUGCCAUCAUAGUAACUGCCGUUGUCUCCUUGGGCAAGACACUUCACCCGCUUUUCUCCUAGUGCCACCCACAGUGAUUUAUGAAUGUGUGCGGCAGGAUUCCCUUGCAAAAAAUGGUUCAUAAUCUCAAUGGGACAGAUAAAAGGUCAACUUUUAAACAAAUAAAGCAUAUCCUUACAUAUAUAUAUAUGUAUUAUCAUUUAUUUACAUCAGUCGCCAUUGUUGGGCCGCGAUCGCCCCCUCGAGGGCCACCAAAAAAUAUGCUUGGUACUCAGUUGUAAUACACUUUUUCACCACUUGUGACAGUAAUGAGAAGAAAUUCGUAAAUAUUUGUUUUAUG